AUGGGUAGAUAUUCAGUUAAAAGAUAUAAAACAAAAAGAAGAGAACGUGAUUUAGAUUUGAUUUAUGAUGAUUUAUCAACUAAAGAAUCGAUAUAUAAAUUAAAAAACCAACCAUUGGAUGAAUAUAAACCUGGUUUAGGUCAAUAUUAUUGUAUUGAAUGUAGUAAAUAUUUCGAAAAUCAACAAAGUUUAAAUAGACAUCAACUGUCAAAAAUUCAUAAAAGAAGAGUAAAAUUAUUGAAGCAAAGACCUUAUACUCCAUUAGAAGCUGAAGCUGCUGGUGGAGUAAAUAUGCAAAAAUUUAUGGAAUCAGUAGAGAAAUAUAAAUCGAAAGAACAAUAUAAAUUAGAGAACAAAGAGGACUUUGAUAAAUUGAACAAUAUAAAGAAAGAUAACUUGGAUGCAUUAAUUACUGGAAUACCAUCUGAAGAAUUUAAAAAGGAACAAGAAAAGGAAUUGGAACAAGUAGUUAAAGUUGAAGGUCAAGGUGAAGUUGCAAUGGCUGAAUAA